GGUAGACAGGGAGGAAAGAAGCGAGAAGAAGAGCCAGCCGGAGCCUCCCACCGUCCCGGUCGCGUCCCACGGCCCCUUGGGCCCCUUUCCCUCCUCCCGCUGCUCACCGUCGCGUCAGGAUUGCCUCCUUCCCCGCCGCCCCUCCACCUCCCUCUCCGCACCGGCAUCCGCGGCCUGUGCCAGCCCUCGCCGCGCCCGAAGCAGCCGUCCCCAUCGGGGUCCCUCUCCGCCGCCUGCGGGCUGCGCGCCCCCUCCAGCCGCCCCGGGGCCCGGCCCCGUGGGGCGUCGCCGGGAUGAGCAGCUCGCGGAACAACCGGGUGAUGGUGGAGGGAGUUGGGGCCCGGGUGGUCCGGGGCCCGGACUGGAAGUGGGGGAAGCAGGAUGGCGGCGAGGGCCAUGUGGGCACCGUCCGCAGCUUCGAGAGCCCCGAAGAGGUGGUCGUAGUGUGGGACAACGGCACCGCCGCCAACUACCGCUGCUCCGGGGCCUACGACCUCCGCAUCCUCGACAGCGCGCCCACCGGAAUCAAGCAUGAUGGGACUAUGUGUGAUACUUGUCGACAACAACCCAUCAUUGGCAUCCGAUGGAAAUGUGCUGAAUGCACAAAUUAUGAUUUGUGUACGGUUUGCUAUCACGGGGACAAACAUCACUUGAGGCAUCGUUUUUACAGAAUUACCACACCAGGAAGUGAAAGGGUAUUGUUGGAGUCUCGCCGUAAAUCAAAGAAAAUUACAGCAAGAGGAAUCUUUGCAGGUGCCAGAGUGGUGCGAGGAGUUGACUGGCAAUGGGAAGAUCAAGAUGGUGGCAAUGGGCGUAGAGGAAAGGUAACUGAAAUCCAAGAUUGGAGUGCGUCAAGCCCGCAUAGCGCAGCAUAUGUUCUUUGGGACAAUGGAGCUAAAAACCUUUACAGAGUUGGCUUUGAGGGCAUGUCUGACCUGAAAUGUGUUCAAGAUGCAAAAGGAGGCUCUUUCUACAGGGACCAUUGUCCUGUGUUAGGUGAGCAAAAUGGUAACAGAAACCCUGGUGGGUUGCAAAUAGGUGACCUUGUAAACAUUGACCUGGACUUGGAAAUUGUACAGUCCUUGCAGCAUGGCCAUGGAGGAUGGACUGAUGGCAUGUUUGAAACUUUAACGACAACUGGAACAGUUUGUGGCAUUGAUGAGGAUCAUGACAUUGUAGUACAAUAUCCAAGUGGCAACAGGUGGACGUUUAAUCCAGCUGUUCUCACCAAAGCCAAUGUUGUCCGAAGUGGAGAUGCUGCUCAGGGCGCAGAAGGAGGCACCUCUCAGUUUCAAGUGGGUGAUCUUGUUCAAGUAUGCUAUGAUUUAGAGCGAAUCAAGCUUCUUCAAAGAGGUCAUGGAGAGUGGGCUGAAGCAAUGCUUCCGACUUUAGGUAAAGUUGGUCGUGUUCAGCAGAUUUAUUCAGACAGUGACUUAAAGGUAGAGGUCUGUGGGACAUCUUGGACUUACAAUCCAGCAGCUGUCUCAAAGGUGGCAUCAGCAGGAUCUGCUAUAAGUAAUGCAUCUGGUGAGAGAUUGUCCCAGUUAUUGAAGAAAUUAUUUGAAACCCAAGAAUCUGGUGAUCUCAAUGAAGAAUUGGUUAAAGCUGCUGCCAAUGGAGAUGUUGCUAAAGUGGAAGACUUGCUGAAGAGACCAGAUGUAGAUGUGAAUGGCCAAUGUGCUGGACACACAGCUAUGCAAGCUGCUAGUCAGAAUGGCCAUGUUGACAUUUUGAAGUUGCUUCUGAAACAGAAUGUGGAUGUAGAAGCAGAGGACAAAGAUGGAGACAGGGCUGUCCAUCAUGCAGCCUUUGGUGAUGAGGGUGCUGUGAUAGAGGUUUUGCACCGAGGCAGUGCAGAUUUGAAUGCUCGCAACAAACGCAGGCAGACCCCGCUUCAUAUUGCAGUCAACAAAGGUCAUCUGCAAGUUGUGAAGACUUUACUGGACUUUGGCUGCCAUCCUAGUCUCCAGGAUUCUGAAGGUGACACUCCACUUCACGACGCUAUAAGUAAGAAGCGUGAUGACAUCCUUGCAGUAUUGUUGGAAGCUGGAGCAGAUGUUACUAUCACCAACAACAAUGGGUUUAAUGCUCUUCACCACGCUGCACUAAGAGGAAACCCUAGUGCAAUGCGUGUAUUGUUGUCCAAGUUACCACGACCAUGGAUUGUUGAUGAGAAAAAAGAUGAUGGUUACACUGCAUUGCAUCUGGCAGCUCUCAAUAAUCAUGUAGAAGUGGCUGAACUUUUGGUGCAUCAGGGCAAUGCUAACCUGGAUAUCCAGAAUGUUAACCAGCAAACUGCUCUGCACCUUGCUGUUGAACGACAGCAUACACAAAUUGUUAGGCUCUUAGUCCGUGCAGGUGCUAAGCUGGAUAUUCAGGAUAAAGAUGGGGAUACUCCCCUGCAUGAAGCCCUGAGACACCACACCCUGUCACAGCUCCGCCAACUCCAAGACAUGCAAGAUGUGGGCAAGGUAGAUACUGCUUGGGAGCCAUCAAAGAACACAUUAAUAAUGGGACUUGGCACUCAGGGAGCAGAGAAGAAGAGUGCAGCAUCUAUUGCCUGCUUCCUGGCAGCCAACGGAGCUGACCUCAGCAUUCGUAACAAGAAGGGUCAGUCUCCUCUUGAUCUCUGCCCUGAUCCUAGUCUCUGCAAAGCAUUGGCUAAAUGUCACAAAGAAAAAGUCAGUGGCCAGGUUGGUUCCCGAAGUCCAUCUAUGAUCAACAAUGAUUCUGAAACCUUAGAAGAAUGUAUGGUGUGUUCAGACAUGAAGAGAGAUACUCUGUUUGGCCCAUGUGGACACAUUGCCACAUGCUCUCUGUGCUCACCACGGGUGAAAAAAUGCCUCAUCUGUAAAGAACAAGUUCAGUCUAGGACAAAGAUUGAAGAAUGUGUAGUGUGUUCAGACAAAAAGGCAGCGGUGCUUUUCCAGCCUUGUGGUCAUAUGUGUGCCUGUGAGAACUGUGCAAGCUUGAUGAAGAAAUGCGUACAGUGUCGGGCAGUGGUUGAGCGAAGAGUGCCUUUCAUAAUGUGCUGCGGAGGGAAAGGUACAGAAGAUACCACUGAUGAUAUUUCAAGUGGAAACAUUCCAGUUUUGCAGAAAGACAAAGACAACACCAAUGUCAAUGCAGAUGUACAGAAGCUGCAACAACAGUUACAGGACAUCAAGGAACAGACUAUGUGUCCUGUUUGUCUGGACCGUCUGAAGAAUAUGAUCUUUCUCUGUGGCCAUGGAACAUGUCAGCUUUGUGGAGACCGAAUGAGUGAAUGCCCCAUAUGCCGCAAGGCAAUUGAACGAAGAAUCCUUUUGUAUUAAGUAGCGGAACCAGUGUAUUUUAUUGGCUUAUGAAAUUGUAAGGACAUUUUGAUGGUUUAAAUCUGUAAGUUUGAAAGGUAGUAAAGGGUUUUAAUGAAAACAUUUCUAAUACUGUAGCACAGAUUCAUUACAUGGUAAUUGUUUAAAGACUGUGAACACACCAAACAAGAGAACAGUAUUUGAACUUUACUCUUAAAAACCAUCUAAGCCUGAAACUAAUUUAAAGCAAUCUUUUGGGGGUUUUGUUUUGUUUCUUUCUUUCUGUUGCUUCCUUCUUAAAUCUUAAAGGAACAAUCUUAUUUUGGUUUCGUUCAGGGUUUGGUUUUUUUUUUUAUGUAUGCAUCAGGUGCAAGUGAUGUAAAGGUUUUGGGGGUUGGUGCUUUUUUUAUUGUUUUUUUUUGUUUGUUUUUAUUGUCAGUUAAUAUCAAAUAUAAAUAUUUAGGGUUUUUUUGUUUAAUGCUUUUCUGGAGAACUUUGACAUUUUUUGUGACAUUUAUGAUUCACAAUAAUUUCUGUCUUGAAAUAUACAAUAUUGCAAAAUCAAUACUAAGUGUAUACACAAGAGUAAUAAAUAUAAUAGUCCCAUAAGAUCAGGUCUCAAAAUACAAUGCUAAGGUAAUUCUUACUUUAUCGUGCCCUUCAUUGCUGAGGAUGGGUUGGGAAGGAAACAGUAAAAAGAAAAAAAACUAGUUUAGAAACAUUAUGUUCCCAAAAGUGCACUUUAGUCUGUCAGGUUCAAGCUAAUUUAAAUAGUCAACUUCUUAAUUCUGCUAGCCACAUAAUUUUGUAUGGAAUUACUUUUUACUUAACUGAAAAGGAAAAUAUUUGCGCAACUGGUUAGUUAUCCGUUUCAGAUGAGUGAAUUUGAUCAGUUGUAAAGGAACACGUAUACGUAUGCAGGGCCAUUUAAAAACUGUGGGUUUAAGAAUUAGGAAAAGUUAGAGAUUUUUGCAAGAUUUCCUUGCUUAAAUUAGUUUUAUUAUCUCCAGGCAGACAGUGUCAACAGCAAAAGAGAAGAUUUAACUUUGCUUAUUCAUCUGAGCAGGGUGUUAAUACCAGAACGUACCUGUGAACAUUACUGGGUCAUACUGCAAAUGAAGAUGUUGUUGACAGAGCAGUGGAUUUUGUGAGCCAUGCUUAGGUGAGUUGAAGUUGGCUUAAGGAGUUAGCUGUCACUGAUGUGAGAAAUAGAUGUUCUCGACCCCAAAAAUGAUACUGUCACAAGCUGCAAACUGUUAACAAUUUGAUAACAAGUACAUCCUUCUGUCUUUUUUGAAUGGAAGAAUGUAUGCCGAUUUAAUGAUCGUGUAGCUAAAAGGAAUGUGUUCUUACUCCUAAGUGAUUUGGCAGAUUUUUGAGUACAUGGUUUAUGUAGCCCUUUGCUAUUGUGCGUUUAGAUGUGCUCUUGCAGAACAAGAAGGAAAUCCAUACUGGAGUCACUUAGGUGCCUUACUUGCAACUAAGAUUAAUUUCUUAUUUAAUUCUAAUUGUAUAUGUCAAAAAUGUGAAAAAGGAAUCGUUUGGGAAAAGGUCCAAGUAAGGAUGAAGGCAUAAAACUGUGAUCUCUACAGAUAAAUCAACCUCAGUCUUUUGAAGCUUAUGUUGAUAUGCCUGAAUUGUGCAAACAUUGGCAAAAGUCUCAGAAGAAUGCUGCUAGUAAACUGUAGAGACAGGUGAACUCUUAACCAGUAAGGUUUAAAUACUGAAUAGAGUUUUCCAGGAAACAGCUACAGUGAUACAUUUUUCCAAUGUAUGUAGAGUGACUUUUAACAUAGCAAAGUGAUGGAAUAUGUAGCCUUUCUAUAGCCUUCUUUAAACCCGAUCUGGAAUUGCAAAUGUUCAUCAUUCACUGGACACAAUCUGAACCUGGAUUCAAUAUAGUAGUCUGCUUUAUUCUGUAUACUAGUAGUCAUCUGUUCUCAGAUAAUCUGUCUGUCAUCUUGGCCAAAUGAAAUAGCCCUCCCUUUUCUUGCUUUUUGGUUCCCUAUUCUAAAAUACCAAAAUUUUGAGGAGCUUUGGAAAGUUUUUUGAUAUAAGGCUGGUUUUUAGUUCAGCAUUUCACUGUCUCCACUUAAGUUCUGAGUGCACCUGAGUCUUCACUGCCAUUUUCAUUUGGCCAAUAUGCAUGUCACAAAGUCUGACCUUUUUUGUGGCAUGUUUGGCAGCUGAGCUUUCUGUAGUAGGCUUUGGUUUCCUGUCAGUCUUCUCCUAAAAAUAAUUCUUUAAUAGGCUGUGCCAUUUGACAGUCCAUUCCGAGUUUUAGUUUGUAAGCAUGAGAUCUUUAUCUGGGUUUCCUCUGGUUCUGGUAGACAUGUUUGGAGUAUUGUGUCCUGUUUAUUCUUCAAGGGGACCUCUAUAAACUGUUGUCAGCCCAAAGACAGGGUGGAUUUCUUCUUGAUAACACAGCUCAAAACUGAAACCUCAAUAUAGCAGUUGCGAUCUUCCUAAUUCUUUUUCACUGGAACAAGCCAAAACUACUUGAAAGUAUUCCAGCUUAGCAUCAAUUGAAUAAUUCAGCUGAGUAAGAAUUGAUGAUGUCCAGCAUCCUGGAUGGGAAACUGGAGUUGAAUGUUAAAUACUCCUUGUCUGCAGGAGGCAUAUAUUGUAGCAUAGAUAGGUAAGUGCUCUGUUUGGCUUGUAUUUUUCAACAGAGAAGCUGCAAGUUACUUAUAACACUCCUAAUACGUGGGUACCAUUACAGUCCUGUGGGAGUAGAGACAAUGACCAAGGGUAUUGCUAUAGGAGGAGCUUUAGUCUUCUAUACUGUGGUGACACUAGAUGUAUGUGACUGCAUGCAAGUUUGUGAUUGGACUCAUUCAACAAUGUUGUGUGCCAGUUGAAAUUCAAGUAUGUCAACUUAAUGGUACCAAGAGAAACAGCUGAAUUAGAAAAACUAGGUGAGCUAACCAAGAUGCUUGAAUUACUAAUACAGCCAUCUUAUUAGUAGGUGGAAGAGCUGUGUCUUAUAUUGGGAAGGUUAUACAGUGCUUGCCUUUCAGAACACUUACUGAGGAAAAAUAUUUGUAAAUCUAUAUAGUUUAUGGAAGUAGAUAUUUAGAUUCACACACUGUGUUUGGAUUCUGACGUAGAAGGUGAACUAGUGUGUUGAGGAAACUAUUAAGCUCAUUCAAUUUAGCCUGGCAUCGUCUGUGCAACUUGCACAGAGUGCAGUUUAGUUGUAUAACAAGCAGUCAAAGGAUGAAAAACAGAAGCAGCUCAGCUGCAAGCCAGAGGGGUAAUAACAAGUAGGGGAGUUAAGCUAUGUCAUUGAGCCACUGUAUUCAGCAAAAGCUGAAAGUGUAAAUCUCAUUAUUAUGUAAAGCCUGCAAGCUUUGUUUAUUACUAUUAUCUCCCAGUACUUACUAGCAGUUUGUUUCUUGAAACCAUCAAGAAGGUAUAUAAUAAUACAUAUUUUUCAGGUGUGAGGUAUGCUCAGAUGUUUGGUUUGGGAUUUUUUUCAUUUAGUGAAGUACGUAAACAGUCACAUCACUACACAGUGAUUUAAAGUAUGAAGGCUACCUUAGAGGCUAUCAGGAUAUGGUAAAUAGCUGUAGCUUGUUCACUUCUGUAUAACUAUAUUUGACAUUUUUUCCCAAAACCAACUGGCUAUCACUUACUAUACCCCAAGCUCAUAUGGCACUUCUCAAAAUUUGGGCUAUUAUUACCUACUUCCCAUUUGUUGAAAUACUGUGCACUUGCAUUUUGGAGUUUGGACAAAUCCCAUUUUGCUGGAGUAGAUACUGAAAAUUACUCUGUCAAGAGAAUAAACAAGUUUAUUUGUAAAUAUCAAAGUUUGAGGAGGUGUUGUUCUUAACUUGGACUGAGUGAGGAUAUGGCAGAUUUGCACAAGUACUUGUGCCUUGUUAGCGUAGUCUUACAAUUGGUAUUUUAGCCUCUUACAAAGACAUGAAAUGGUCUUUUAAAAAUAAUCUAAGUACUUAUUGUAUAGAUAUUUUCUAGAGAUGGGAGUUUUCUGUAUGCCUAAUUAUUUUUAGCAGUAUUAAUUGCAGUUUGUGUAAACACUAAAUUGUUUGAAGAAGCUGCUUUGAGCUAGUGAUCUAAGCUUCCUCUGCAAAUUAAAUGUCAGAAACUUCAUUUUACUCUUUUGGUAGCAGCUGGUGAAGAGCCUGUCCUGUUCUUUGUGCUGCAUGGGUCAAGUUUUCACUUAAAAAAAAAACCAACAACACUACAGCCUAACUUUUAGCAGUGCUACCUCCUUUCUGUCGAAGUACUGAAUUCUUCUCUAAUCGGUCUGUGUCUUUGGGAAGGGAUGGCAAAACACAUCAGUUUUGGUUUGCUUCAUCAGUUUCAAUGUCUGAAUACAGUGAAGGUUUGUUGUUUUGUUUUUUUUUUAGUGACUAUAAACUUCGCACGAUGGAAGUGUGUGAUUUGCCACAAUGUACAUUGUAUUUCAUUCUUGUGUAAGUUUCUGGAAUUUGUAUUAUUGUAUUUUUACAUAUUCUGUAAUUUGUGUUGACAAAGAAAAACUGUUAACUGCAGAAGUGUUAGUGUGUGCCAUUUUUAUAGCUAAACCUGUGGUAAAUAUGAAAGUUCUGACUCAGGGCUUUUUAACAGCUUAAAAGUUCAGAAUAUCCUUCAGCCCAUCUUGGAGAACGUCAGAGAUUUAAUGACUGUACAGUGCCUUGAAUAGAACUAUUGAAUGGGCAGCAGCCAUAGAGUCCUUACAGAAUGCAAGUAUCUUUCGAAUGCAGUUAGUUGAUAAUAUAAUUGUAAUAACUCUGCCAUGGAUUUAUAAACUUGUAUAUACUUUCUCUAAAGGAAAACUGGCAAGCUUGGGUAUUGUUAAGCUUUCUGAAAGUUGUUUGUUGCACCAGUCAUGGGAGCCUGAAGGGCAUAGUCAGUUUUACAGAAGCAGUAUUUGUGGCAGACAGCUGAUAAAAUAUUCUGUAUAUGACAUUUUUAGUGUGAGGGGGGAGGUCAUUGUAUAAGCAAACAUGUAAAAACACCUGCUUUGCUCUGGCCCAGUAAGUCUUUGUAAGGGGGAGAGAAAUAAUUGCAACAAAUCUGUAUAUUUGCAUGCCAUUUCAUAGUUACAAAAGUUUUAAGUCUCAUCUCUGAGCUUCUAAGAAGUACUUUUUGUCCCAAGCUUUAGUGUCCUUACGAAUGCAGACUGUUCAUAUUAGGGAAGAGGUUUGAUUGAACCACAGGAACAUUUUUGCUUUUGUUAAAAACAACUUUGUAUUUUCAGUAAAUUGUAGAUUUUGACUUUACUGUUUAUUGGAAAAAAUUAAGGUUGUCUGUGUGAAUGUAGUGGAUUUCUGUAUGCAGAUAGCAUUAUAUAAUUGCUUUCAUGAAAACUGCUUAGCAAGGUCUAAGCUUUUCAAAGAAAAUGCUAAUGUACUGUAUGGUUAAUAAAACAUUAUAUGUGAUGUAUACUGACUUUUUCAAAAGCUUUGAUUUAAAAGUGUAAUUGGACUGAAUUGAUACUGGUUUUUGUGUACGCAUCAUUGGGAAGGGAGCUGUGGCUUGUUUGACUUCCUCCUCCUUAGCUGUAAUGAUGUCUGAUGUCACCACAGAAUUAGAAGAUCAUGUACCUGAAGCAAAUGUUUGGUAAGCGUGUUAGUUCCUGACAUACAGUGUUCAAAAGCACACCAGAAUUUGUUUAUUGAGAAAGUUUGCAUUCCAAACUUCAAAAAAACCUCUGGUUCUUUAUAAUGUGUCCCUGAAAAGUGAGUUUGUAGCAACAUCAGAAAUUCUACGUGCCUUUGAAUCUCCCAGGUACUCAGGUAUUGUCUAAGCAGCCGUGUAGAAGUAUGGGAAGUGGAUUAUGUUGUAACAACAAAAAGAUUGAUUUAAAAUUUUCAUCUGUAGUGUAGAUUGCAUUUUUUAUGCAAUUAUGCAGUUCAUAAUAGUGAUUGGAGCUGCUGUUUUUAUUAGACUCCUGGUUUACUUAUAAUUGAAUAGCCUUUACAGAUCUGGCUAUGAGAAUGUGAUCAUCUGAAAAUCUCCUGCCGGAUGCAGUAACUUCUAUAUUCUGAGACAACAGUUGCUGCAUCAUUAUUUAUGCUUUUAGAAUUAAUUUUAAUGGAUGCAUUAAAAAUAUGUAUCUAUGUAAUGAAAGGAAACAAAACAAACCAGACUUUAAUGGCUUAGUGUUUUAAUUUAUCAUAGUGUACAGGUGAAAAAUGAAUUGACAGAAUAAAAAGUUUGUUGCUCUC